GAUUUAAGAUCUUCUACAGAGCUGUUCUGCUGCAGGAUGUCUCUCAUCGGAGAUGUUUGCCUAAUUACGGGGGCCUGUGGUUUCUUGGGACAAAAAAUCAUACAACUUCUGAUUGAGGAGAAUGAACUAGCAGAAAUCCGACUGCUUGACUUGAACAUUAAUCCAAAAUUGAUAGAGUCCUUAGAAGCAAUUCGAGGUCAGACAAAGAUCACCAAGCUUGAGGGGGACAUCAGAGACAUUGAAUUACUGAAGAAAGCUUGCCAGGAUGUUUCCCUUGUUAUUCAUACAGCUUCAGUCAUCGAUAUAUUGGGGGCGGUGGACAAAAAUGAAAUGACUGCUGUUAAUGUGACAGGUACCCAGUUGCUUCUGGAAACAUGCCUUCAGAAGAAUGUAAAGUACUUCAUCUACACAAGCAGCCUUGAGGUGGCUGGUCCAAACAAAAUGGGGGAUAGCAUCAUUAAUGGAAAUGAAGACACCCCACCCUACUCAUGCUGCUUAAAGUUUACAUACAGCAUCACAAAGCAAAAAGCUGAACAAAUAACACUGCAAACAAAUGGCAAACAUCUCCACAACGGUGAGCAGAUUGUCACUUGCUCCCUGAGACCCACAUAUAUUUAUGGAGAAGGGAGUAAAUUCAUUCUGCAACAUUUUGAUACAGCCAUUAGAAAUGGCAAUGUUCUCAAACGAACCUCCAAAAAGGAAGCUUUGGUAAACCCUGUGUAUGUGGGUAACGUGGCAUGGGCUCAUAUUUUGUCAGCCAAGGCUAUGAAAGAUUUACACAAAGUAAAACAAAUUGGUGGUCAUUUUUUUUUUAUUUCUGAUGACACACCACAUAUGAGCUACUCUGAUUUCAAUGAUGUGCUGCUAAAGCCACUUGGGAUCAUUGUUCCAGAGAAACUUGAACUACCAAUGCCCCUGCUUUUUUUUCUUGCAUUUUUAAUGGAAAUGUUGCAGUUUUUAUUGAAACCCUUUGUCAAGUACACUCCAUCUAUGAACCGGCAGCUUUUAAUCAUGCUCAACACACACUUCACCUUCACUUAUGCAAAGGCACAAAAGGCUUUUGGAUACACACCAAGGUACAGAUGGACUGAAGCCAAAACGACAACCUCUGAGUGGCUGUCAUCUGUGCUGUCAGAGAGGUGUGAACUUGUUAAGAAAAUGAAAACUCACUGAUGUCUCAUCAUAAGAUUUUUACAUCCCACUGAUCCUGCUGCAAUGGUUCUACAAGAUGUAAAAAAAAAAUCUAGUCACUUACAGGUGUUAGGUUACCUAAUAUGCAGCGAAAGACGACAUUUAAAGGGCUUCUCAGUGUGUCACUUGUUCAAUUUGUACACUCCUUUCUUCUUAUAAUGAUGUCACUUCUUUAUGGAUUCUUUUUUAAAAUUAGAACUAGCUAUGCUUACCCAUUGAACACAGGUUAUAGAAUAAUUUUAAAAAUAGUAUUCCUCCUUUGCAUCUUUAUUAACCUCUCUUGUCCUGCAAAUACCUGAAGUCUUACUCCUACACCUCAGCUUGGUAUCCUUGCAUGUAUGAAUGUCUCUUGCCAUAGGUGCACCCUCAGCAUUUCUCCCACCCCUUUCCUUUGCAUUCUCAUGUGUAUCAACCUCUCUUGCUUGGCGCUUCUGCUCUUGAUUGUGUUCCUGCAAAGCCUGCUUUACAGAUACUGUCAUUUCAGGGUGCCUUGCUCGCCUCCUGUUUGCUUGUUUGACUACAACAAAUGAAAGACAGGGCCCCAUUACCUGUUGUGAAAACACCAUUUAUAUUCUUGCGAACACUUUGUGCCUUUGAAGGCAACUCGGGUUGCGUCUCAUUAGUAUUUAAUGACCCAACAUUGCUUGGCACAUUAUUCAUAUUGUGGUUGUUGAAAUACUCCAUUUUAACUUUUUUUUUUGUAUUAAUAAAAAAAUGGUAACAAUCAAAAAUUGAACUUCACACAUGUAAAGUAUCCUGUGAUCUUCCCUAACACUGACCCACCAAAGCCAAACUUCCCAAUCAGAUUGCUUGGAGGCACUGGACACACAGACACACACACACAGUAGCAUUUUAUAGAUUUAUCUAUCUUAGACUAUUGAGAUUUGUAUUUUUAAAGAACAAGACUGUACAAAUGUUCUAAAUUUAAAUUCAAGUGCUCCAGUAACAGUGACCAUUUUAUACAUCGCCAUCUGUCUAUUGAAUAUAUAUAUCCUGUGUGAAAUAAAAUAUGUCAAAGGACAGGGAAGACAUUAUGGUAACAUUUUACAACAGGUCUUAUUAGGGCUAGCUGCAGUGCAUAUAUUUGGUCACGUACAGCUACUGCACACAAC